AUGGUGUCAACUGUCCACAGAACUACAAGACAUGUAGGGACAUCUUCCUACUUUUCGUCACUCCAAUUUACGAGAGUAUCAAAGCUGGUCUUGGAAAUCAACGUGGCAGUUCAUCCGAUGAAGAGAAUCCCCCCAAAAGAGAGACGAACCCUCAAAUAAAACAUGAAGAUGAAGAGUUGGAAGAUGAUGAUUUCUUUCCUCCCAAUUAUGCCACAUGUAUUCAAUUUCUUAAAUUUUCGAUGAAGGUCAUCCUAACCGUCAUAGGAGUUGGAUUUUGGAGUAUACGGAGAAUUCAAGUAAAAAAAGAAAGACAUUCACAUGCAUUACAACUUAUGAAUGAAAUGAUUAAGUCCGAGUCAACUUAUAAGUACCAAAAUAAUGGGCAACUACCUGGAAACCUGGAACACCAGUAUUCAGGAAGACUUCUGCCUCCAUCUACUCCGCCUCUAACCGAUGAUCAGCAAGUUGUCCAACUGAACCUUGAAACCAAUGGUGGGAGAAGUUCGCCAACUGAUCAACUACAAAAUCAGAAUGAGAAACAGAAAGAUGCAAAAGAAAAGGGAUCAGUGAAACUGGAGACUCCAAUACUAGUAGCAGCGAAGAUGGGAAUUCUCGAAAUGGUACAGAAAAUCCUGGACACAUUUCCAGUAGCCAUUCAAGACCUGGAUUCUAGCGGGAAGAAUGUGUUGAUGUUGGCCGCUGAAAAUAGGCAAACCACUGUUUUUAAUUAUUUGGCGGAGAAGAAGCUCCCAGAAUUCGUGUUUCACCAAUUCGAUGAUCAAGGAAACACCAUUCUGCACCUUGCUGCAAUGAUUGGAGAACUCUUACCAUGGGUUAUUCCCGGUGCUGCUCUGCAGAUGCAAUGGGAGAUCAAAUGGUACAAGCAUGUUAAACACUCGGUUCCACCACUAAGCUUUGCUCACAACAACAUUAAGGGAGAGACCCCAAGGCAGAUCUUCACACAGACACAUCGAAAGCUAGUCAAAGAAGGCACUAAAUGGCUUAUCAAAACAUCAGAGUCGUGUUCUGUAAUUGCUGCACUCAUUGCCACUGUUGCAUUCGCUACCUCAGCCACAGUGCCUGGUGGAUUGAAUGAGGAUACCGGGCAUCCAAUUCUGGAAAACAAAACAGCAUUUAGUGUGUUUUCCAUCACAUCCCUAGUUGCUCUCACCCUUUCUGUCACAUCCCUUGUGUUUUUUCUUUCCAUCAUUACUUCGAGAUGUCAGGAACGUGAUUUCAAAUUGACAUUGCCAAGAAAGCUUUUGUUGGGCUUAAGUUCUCUCUUUGCAUCCAUUGUUGCUAUGCUGGUCUCAUUCUGUGCUGGGCAUACAUUUAUCCUCAGAGAAAAAUUGAGUUAUGCAGCUGUUCCAAUAUAUGGUGUUGCUUGCAUACCAGUGGCAUUUUUUGCAGUCGUUCAGCUGCAACUAUAUUAUGAUCUUCUUUGGUCUACAAUCAUAAAGGUGCCACUUCGAAGUUACAAGGCAUUCCAUUAUUAGGUUUCCAGCUAAUUCCAUUGUAUCGCAAAGAUAACUCUGUUAAAUUUUUAUAUAUUGAAGAACUACUUAUUUAGAGGUUCAACUUGGAAUGUAGCAUGUUAUACAAAGAAGUCAUAGUACCAGAAUCAAUAAUUUCAAGAAGCCUACCAAUCUCAAAGAAUAAGUCAUAGAGAUAGAGCAUGAAGAAGGGAAAGAAUGUACACAGCAAUUGUUUACGGGGUUCAGAAAUUGCCUACAUUCUUCAGUUCUUGAGCUCACUUGUACUGAAUCAAGCUUGUUUCAAUCUGAAAUUACAAAAGAAUGCCUUGUCUAUGCUUUAUGUAUAAGAACAGAAAAUGACUGAAAUUUUUAAAUAAACUAA